AUGGCUGCCUGUGGUGCUCAGAAGAUGGAAGUGGCAGAGGACCAACUGAGCGCACUGCCCGACCCCCUCAUUCAGCUCAUCCUUUCCUUCCUCCCCACGAAUGAGGCUGCCAGGACAAGCGUCUUGGCCCGAAGGUGGCUCCAUCUCUGGACCUUCAUCCCCAACCUCCAUCUUGAACUACGUCCUUGCAGGGACAUGCAUAAGGCUAGAAGGUUUGCUAUGGUGGUCGACCGGUGUCUCCUGUUUCGGCUCCCGCCGUUGCGGAGUCUUCGGUUGCAAAUUUGUGCUGAUGAUCCACUGGUGGAGGCCAAGCUGGAGAAAUGGGUUUGGCAUAUCUUCUCAAAGGACGGCCUCCAUGAGCUUGUUCUCCGACCAUUUUCUGUCACCAUGAACUGUAAGCAGUUCUGUUUAGAUGUGCCCAAGCUUCCUGUGCUUCCCCACUGCAAAGCCUUCAACUCCCUCAAUUCGAUACAUCUUUCUGAAUUGAGAGUGACGGAAAGUCUAAUGCAACACUUGGUACUAAAUUGCUGGUUGUUGGAGGACCUCGAAUUGAGCAACUGCUACAUUAUUGGUAAUAUCAAAAUCCAUGGCGGUACCCAUCUCCGUCUCAAGAAUCUGACGAUAAGCCAUUGCUUUAGCCGGUACUGGCAGUUGGACAUAGUUGCACCCAACCUUUCCACUUUCACCUUCGUGGACGACAGACUGAUCGACACCAAGUAA